AUGACUUUCUGCUCACACUGUGGAACUUACCUGCAUACUUCUCUCACAGAUACAUACUCUCUUAGUUGCAACUUGAUCAUCAAGACAGAAGAACAUCUCUGGUGUGUAGCACAGUGCUCAGUGGAUGAAAUACUUUUCCUUCAGUUUGAUAACAAAAACAAGGCCACACCUUUAGGUAACCUGGGGAAGAUGGCAAAUGCCACUGAAGUGCGGUCAUGUUUGACAGAACAUCUGGAAAAUUUGUGCCAGGAGUUAAGGAACAAGGUGGAGAAGAGUCUUGGUUACCCCACUUUACAGGCCACCAUGCUUUCUCAGCACAGCCACGGACUAAUCCUUAGUGCAUGCUGGCAAUUCAACAUUAGUGAAAAGUAUUUCUUCACCUUGGACACAGUGACUACGAGCUGGAGACCGACUAAUGCUGUGUCAGGGGAUAUCACGUAUAAAUCGAAAGGUGAUGAGGAUUUAACGAGACAUCUGACUUUCUCCAUAGCAGAAGGCAGUCAGAAACUCAAUGAAUUCUUCAAGCAGCACAAGGAAAAGCCAAGGUCAACACCAAGGUCCCCUGAUAUCACCCAGGUUACAUCACCCACCCAGCUUCCACCUACAGGGCACUUUCCUUAUAAGGAAGUAUUUAUCCCUGUGGGACUCAUAUUCUUUAUUAUCUGCAUUUGCCUAUAUGUCAAGAAGAAAUGUUGUACCCAAGGAGGCUUCAGCUCCACCCAUACUGCUAAUGCCGCCUGCUUGAAUUACUGGCUGACAGUUCAUCUGCUGCUCCAUGCUAAUGUGGGUCUGCACCUCACCUGCUGGAUCCUGGGGUCCCGCACCUCUCCUCUGCAGUUCACUCAGUCCUGA